AUGCAGGGAUUUCGCCCCGGCCUGUCGACCACCCCCAAAACCAUCGGACAAGCGCACAAGGAGCUUCCUUUCAGCACACCGCCGGCGAGAGGCGCACAGGAACGACAGCUGGCGGAGAAGGAGGCGCUGCUCGUCGGUCCACCACCACAACUGGACGGGACUAGAAGGUGGAGUUCCAGCCCACCGCCACCAAGAACGGCCGCCAGCACCACCACGAUGACGAGCAGCCAGCAGCUAACCACGCCUGCCACGGCCAGACCAGCUCCACAGGUCCGCCCCCAGACGAAGACCGUGGGGAACCUGGAGCUCGACCUCGCCGGGGCAGGCACACCACCGCCGGGGAGAGGCCCUGCCCACCUGUGCUGCCGGAGCGCCGCCCUUGCCGCGAGAUCCCGCAGCGCCGCGCCGCCGGAUCCGCGAGGCACCACACCGCCACCAGUUGGCAGGGGCACCGCCCGUGGGGAGAGACCCCGCCGCCGCCGUAAUCGCCCGGGCUUUGCCCGGCGUGACCUCUGGCGGCGGCGGAGUGGGGGGAGGACGGGAGGAGGAGGCGCUGUUUUGGGUCGGGAGUCGGCGGCGGGCGCGGGCGGAGAAGCGCGAUCCGGUGACGGGUUCUGCGGCGACAGCUGCGUCGGGCGCGGGCGGGGAAGCGCGAGCUGGCGGCGGCUGCGGUGGGUGGCGGCGGCAGUGGAGGAACCCUAG